GCUCUGUCUUCCUCCAACUUUUGUCACGUUUGGUCCAAGGCGAUGGCUCCGCCUGGGGAUCCGCGACGCCUCUGCAGGCUGGUGCAGGAGGGCCGGCUGCGCGCCCUGCAGGAGGAACUGGAGGUGGCCGGAGGCUGCCAGGGGCCAGCCGGGGACACCCUUCUCCACUGCGCAGCCCGCCACGGGCGCCAGGACAUCUUGGCUUAUUUAGUGGAGGCUUGGAGUAUGGACAUCGAGGCAGCCAACCGAGACUACAAGCGACCUCUGCAUGAAGCUGCCUCUAUGGGCCACCGGGACUGCGUUCGCUACCUUCUGGAGCGAGGUGCAGUCGUGGACUCCUUGAAGAAGGCUGACUGGACUCCUCUGAUGAUGGCUUGUACAAGGAAGAACCUUGAAGUGAUCCAGGACCUUGUGGAACAUGGUGCCAAUCCACUCCUGAAGAACAAGGAUGGCUGGAACAGUUUCCACAUUGCCAGUCGGGAAGGCGACCCUGUGAUCCUCCGGUACUUGCUCACUGUCUACCCCGAUGCUUGGAAAACAGAGAGCAAAAUUAGAAGAACUCCUUUGCAUACUGCAGCAAUGCAUGGCUGUUUCGAAGCAGUACAGGAACUCCUUGAUAGGUGUCACUAUGAACCAGACUGUAGAGAUAACUGUGGUGUCACACCCUUCAUGGAUGCAAUUCAAUGUGGCCAUGUUAACAUAGCCAAGCUGCUUCUUGAAAAACACAAGGCUUGCUCUUCAGCUGAAGAUAGCCUGGGGACCCAGGCUUUACACCGGGCAGCAAUCACUGGGCAAGAUGAAGCCAUACGAUUCCUGGUAUCCGGUCUCGGCAUUGAUAUAGAUGUGAGAGCAAAGACAACCCAGCUCACAGCACUUCAUUGUGCAGCCAAGGAAGGGCAGACGAGCACAGUUCAAACUCUGUUAUCUCUGGGUGCAGACAUCAAUUCUAAAGAUGAAAGAAACCGCUCAGCCCUGCAUCUGGCCUGUGCAGGUCAGCAUGUGGCUUGCACCAAGUUCCUCCUGAAGUCAGGACUGAAGGAUUCUGAAGACCUAACAGGCACCCUGGCCCAGCAACUCAUAAAGUGCACAGAUAUCCUUCCGGACUUUGACCAUACUGUGAAAUUGUAAAGAUAUUUGAAGAAGGAGGCAAUGAAGUACGUGGUAAUUCACCUCAUGUUUUUUCAGUCUCUGAAGAGAUGAGUGAGUUAUUUCUCAGCCAGUAUUUUCAUCUCCUUCUGCCUUCCCUUCUUCAUAGUCCUCUGAUGGAAGAUUUGCCAAAUGACUCGAUUCCUGGCAUGUUGUAUGAUCCUGAACACAGCCAUUUUUUUUUUUCCUUCUUUUAAAAGUGUACUGGGAAUUGAACUCAGAGCCUUUACACAUGCUAAGCAAGUACUGUGUCACUGAGCUACAUUGCCAGCCCCUUAUUUUUUUUUUUUUAUAGCCUUCAAGUAGAAUGAUAUUAAAUAUGAGUCUUGGGUAUCCCUAGGGAAGAAUAUAAUGUGAAUAAAUGUAAUAUAUACCCUUCUUUAAGUAUGCAAAAAUGUAAUAAAACUAGAAAUACAAAUUGUUGUGUACUCAAGCUAUAAAAUAUAAUUGCCCUAUUUAGCUUUUUCCUUCAUAGCUUUUAUAUGGCCAUUUGGUUUCAUAGCCAGGGAGGGCAUGCAUUUUUACCUGCUUAUAACAACACUUACAGAGAAUUGAUGGACACCUUUUUAUAUUCUCAUUACUGCUAGUUGAGCCAAGGUUGUUUUUGUUUUUGUUUUGUUUUUUAAUGCAUAUGGAUAUUUUGCCUACAUGUAUGUCUGUAUGCCACAUGCAUGCCUGAUACCUUCCUAGGCCAGAAGAUGCUGUCAGAUCCCCUGGGACUGGAGUUACAGAUAGUUGUGAGCCUCCAUGUGGAUGCCAGGAAUCAACUUCAAGUCCCCUAGGAGAACAGCCAAUGCUUUUCAUCACUGAGCUGAGCCUUCUCUCCAGCCCCAGCUGUAAGAUUUUAAACUUUAAGGGUUUUUUUGUUUGUUUUAAUAGACAAGUUCAGUCAUGAGCAAGAUUUAACCCUCAUUAAUGUAGUGUUAUCCAGCAGGUAUCACAUCUACCUCACUCAUUCUAAUAUUGUGCUUGUCUUGGCAAAUAGCAAAGACUUCCAGCGCCUCCUAAUUAUUUUUCUGUGGAGUCCACAAAUUCCUCUUUCUAACCACCAAGUACAUGUUGCUGUAGAAACACAAUCCUGUUUUGUAAUCUCUCCAUCAUACACUGUACACAUAUGCUCAUCUGAAAUGA